AUGCCCAUCAUCGUUCAUAUUUUACGCGACACCCUUCACAUUGACACCAAUCGGAUAGAUGACACCCAUCACGAAUCUGUCAGUAAUAUUGUCCUGAUCGUCGACCUCCGGUUUUAUCAUUCAUCUGGAUUCUAUGCCCAAGCCUUUGUUUAUUUUCCGCUCAAAUGUGCUGCACCUGCUCCCACUCGGAUAUACCUCGCACCCCCGCAUCCGGGACACGUCCUCCGAGCACGUUUCCGUCCCAACGCUUAA